UUGAUCCAGUAUAUUAGUUAGCAAUAUAUAGUUAGUGAUAAUUUUAUAGUGUAGUUAGUACAGGUAAUGUAUCCCAAUUGGGAAAAAGUAAAAUGUAUAUCGCCACCAGAUCAUACUAUCACGAAAUCCUACAGCCAACUCACACAAUGUGUAAAUCAUACCCAUCCAAUGGCAGUUUAGCAGGUUAACAAUUUAACAGGUUAGCAGGUUAAGGGUUUUAGCAGUUUUGAUUCCCGUGCGAGGAGAAAAAAAGAGCAGCCAAAAUUGUAAAGCAAGUAAAAGUGGCGACGAAGAGUUUAAGUCGGGGUAAUCCAUCAAGUGUAUAAUCGUAGGAUAAUGUCUCAAAGAAUUGCUGAAAUCAUCUCUAAAAUAGCCAUCCCAGCUGGGUUAGCUAUUGCAUUGGGUCAGUCUGCUAUUUAUGAUGUAGAAGGUGGUAAACGAGCCGUCAUUUUUGAUAGAUUAAAAGGGGUUCAACAAACUGUUAUUGGAGAAGGAACUCAUUUCUUAAUUCCUUGGUUACAAAAGCCAAUCAUAUUUGAUGUUAGAACCAAACCUAAAACCAUUGCUACAACCACUGGUUCAAAAGAUUUACAAAAUGUUUCAUUAACUUUAAGAGUUUUACAUAGACCAGAAGUUUUACAAUUGCCUAAAAUUUAUCAAAGUUUAGGAUUAGAUUAUGAUGAAAGAGUUUUACCAGCUAUUGGUAAUGAAAUUUUAAAAUCUAUUGUUGCUCAAUUUGAUGCUGCUGAAUUGAUUACUCAAAGAGAAGUAGUUUCAGCUAGAAUUAGACAAGAAUUAUCUAGAAGAGCUAAUGAAUUUAAUAUUAGAUUAGAAGAUGUAUCUAUUACUCAUAUGACUUUUGGUAAAGAAUUUACUAAGGCUGUUGAACAAAAGCAAAUUGCUCAACAAGAUGCCGAAAGAGCUAAAUAUUUAGUUGAAAAGGCUGAACAAGAAAGAAAAGCUGCUGUUAUUAGAGCUGAAGGUGAAGCUGAAUCAGCAGAAACUGUUUCAAAAGCUCUUAGUAAAGCUGGUGAUGGGUUAUUAUUAAUUAGAAGAUUAGAAGCUUCUAAAGAAAUUGCCAAAACUUUAGCUAAUUCACCAAAUGUAUCUUAUUUACCAAGUGGUAAGGGAUCUAGUGGUGAAGAUGGAGCUAAGAACUCUUUAUUAUUAAAUAUCGGUAGAGGUUAAUUUAUUUCUCCAAAAUGUAAAUAGUAACGUUU